AUGCGGCCAGCCGCCGCAGCCCUCGCGGCGUUGUGCCUCGCCGCUGCAGCGUUGUGCGCUGCCGCACGGUGUCCCUCGCUGCCGCCCGUCCCUCCCGACCUGCCCGCCGAGUUUUGCAGCCCCGCCGGCGGCUGGUCGCCGGUGCUGGGCACGCACCCGCAGGAAGCCCUGCCCGGCUUCCUUUUAGAGCCCGCCAUCCUGGCCACGCUGCAGCAGGAGCUGAACGCCACCGGCUGGGCGCCGCGCCCUCGCGGCCAGCUGGCGGUGUCGCUGCAGGGCUGCCAGCGCGCCGUGUGUGGCUGGUACUUCUGGCUCCGCUUCAACCUCACCUGCCUGUACAACCAGGGCCAGGCGGCGGCGGAGCUGAUGCUGAACAUCCCGUCCUCGCACUCUUCGGGAGAUGCCCCCAUCGUGACGGUGCUGAGCCUGGAGCUUCUGCAAGAAGGCAACGAGGCCAUGGAUAAUGAUGAGGAGGAGGCAGCAGAAAAAAAUGCGCAGCUGGAGGGCCCGCCUGGCACCAUGCCCGCCAGCGUGGCGCGCGUGGCGACGGUGGCGCCGGGCCAGACACCUGCCGCUGAGUUUUGCUCCAAGGCGCAGGGCUGGGAGGCGGUGCCGGAUUUCGAGGGGGUGCCCGGCUUCCUGAUCGACCCUGGAGUGCUGGAGGGGCUGCAAGGCGCCAACCCCGUGCCCUGCCUGCACCAGGACCGCACGCUGGCGGCGUGCGGCUGCUCGCUGGCAGCCCCCGCUGGCGCCCGCUACUGGCUGCUGGCCAAUCUGGGGGAAGCUGCGCAGCGCCGCCAGCUGGCGCAGCUCCAGGAGGCGCUGGCGAAGGGCGGCGCCAGCCGGCUGGAGCACUAUGUGCACAACGUGGUGGGCGCCCUCAACCUGGCGCCCGCCAUGUUUGGGCAGCGCGAGACCUACCUGGAUGCAGUACGGCGUCGGCAGGACCGCGAGGCGCUGGCGCAGCUGCGCACCGGGUCGCAUUGGGGCGCGGAAGAGACCGGCCGCUGGACGCGGCGCCCCCGAGAGCAGCGAGUCUGCCCCCACUGCCACGACGGCAUUGAAGAUGCCCCCCACAUGCUGCUCACCUGCCCCCUUUACGCCCCGCUGCGCCUCAACUUUCCUGACCUGUUUGCUGAGCCCCAUCCUCCCCACCGCUUCCUCCGCCAGAAACCGUGCCGCCUCGCCGCCUUUGCUGCCGCCUGUCACCAGCGCUGGCUGACCGCCACCGUUGCGCUGCCUGCAGUCCCGCCCUGAACCCCCACUCUCAUGUCCACCCCCUUUGCUCUUACCGCACCACACCUGCUCCACGACAUGCAGUACUGCCUGCCCGCUCACACACUAAACGCUCGGUGACCUGUCAGUUGGCCUGUCCUGCCUGUUGUUCUACUGCUUCAUCCCUCCUUGCUCGAACAACAAAGUCUGUGCUGCAAGCUUGUUCUUGCUGAAACCAGACUGUAAGCCCACACAAGC